GCCAUACAAAGUUGUAUUUCAAAGUUGUAUUUUUUGCUUCUGCCAUGCAGCAGCACAGGGCAUCUUCUGCCUUUUACAGGUGACCCUGGUCAACAAGGGGCCUCUUGAGGCUCCCUUCAGCCUCGACCCUCCAACCACAGCCAUGGGCUCCUGCUUCACCUUCCUGCCUCAGGAGGGCAUCCUGGCACCGAAGAAGCUCCAGGACAUCUGCAUCUCCUUCUGUCCCACCAUCCUGGGGGAGUUCCAGGAACAAUUCCGCUUCCAUGUGACUGGAUCCCCUGAGCCUGUCACCUUGACUAUCAGGGGCUGUGUCGUGGGACCCACUUUGCUUUUCGAUGUGCCCGCCCUGCACUUCGGCGACGUCUCCUUUGGUUUUCCUCACACCUUGAAGUGUCGCCUGUCCAACGCCUCCCUGGCACACGUACCCGUCGAGCUGCACAUUGUUGGGGAUGGUUUGGGAGAGUGCAGCGUUGACAGCUUCGCUCAGAUGGGCAGGGACAGUAACCGUCUCUGGAGGAAGGGAGCUCGAGGUUCUGUGGGGCCGAGGGAAUUUGCCGUGAGUCCCUGCAGAACGACCGUCCGUGCCCUGGGAUCGCGGCUUUUCAAGAUCACCCUGUGCUCCAACACGGCCAGAGAGUACAAGCUGGAGCUGGUGGUGGACGUGAUUGGUGUUGGCCUCAAGUGGUUGACACUGCCCCUCACAGCCAGAUGCAUGCUUCCUGCCCUGCGAGUGCUCGACCCUGUCGUGUGGUUCAACCACUGCUGCCUGAAGUUCCCCUACGAGGAGAAGGUGACGCUUGUGAAUGACAGCGACUUUCGGGGCUGCUACCGUCUGCUCUCUCAG